UUGACAUAAAUGAUUUAUAAUUCACAUGAAAGCGCCAGUGCAAUUUUGAGAAAUGUCUCUAGAUUUCUAGAAUUAUAUAUUGCAACACUGUUAGCAUUGACCAAUCAACGACUGUAUUUAAGGUUUGAAUUCGUAAUGUAAACGAAAAACCGGUAUGAUACAAACUAAACAGUAUAGUGUCAUCAAAAUCAAUUAUGUAUUUUAAUGCAUAUGUUCUAAAGUUAAGUGUUUCUGGUAGCAUUUAAUGAAAUGUGUUUUAAAUCUUUAUUAAUAAUACAUUUUAAAAUUGUUUGUUAAAAAUCGUGAUUCAAGCGAUUUUUGUAAUUGUAGGUACGAUAAUAUUUUCACGCCAAGGUGGUUAUACGUGGAAUUGUUUUGUUUUAUUUAAUUUCCAAGAUAUUCUGAUAAUUUUUAAAUAUAUCAGAAGCUUCGGAUGUCCGAUUAUUGUAAUAAAUUUUGAUAUUUUGGAGUAAUAUUGUAUCUUACAUGCAUUUAUAUUCUUUUUUUUCUUUACUAGUGUAAAUUAAUUAAAGUGUAUUUUUAGAAAGUAUCAGAUCUAUCAACAUAGAUAGGUCCAUGUUGAAUAAUAUGGAUUUUCAAAACCAUACUAUUUCACGUCCAAAAUUUCAACCAUUGCGUGUGAAAGAAUUAUUACAUUUUUGUGAAAGCGAUGAUGAUGAAAGUGAAGACAGACCACAAGAUUCUGAUAAUGAAUCAGAUUUUGAUGAUGUUUAUCCUCUACCACAAGAUAAUCAUGUUGAAGAUCAUUUAAAUAUGUCAUUACCCUUGUUUAAUACAUGUAAUGAACCAGAAGAAACUUGUAACGUUUCACAGACAGUUGUUUAUUCAAAACCUCAAGAAUUUGAAAUAAGCAAUAGUAGACUUACAGAAUGCAAGUCUGAAAGUAAAGCAUUUCCUAAAUAUGAACAAAAUAUGUCUGAAAGAAGUCUGAAAUGCGAACAGUCAAAUCAAGUGCAAUUAAAUAUUGAAACUUCUGUACAAGACAAGUUUUCACAAAUUGAACACAAAAAUAAAUGUAUUACUAAUGUAAACAUUAAAGGAGAAUCAAGUCAGAAUCAAUAUUUAGAUCAACAAAAUUCCAGCCAAGUGAGCAAUAGUAAAAAAUCUAUUGCUUCUACAUCUCAACAAUUGGAAAGUAUAUCACAAUCUGGAAUAGAUAAUUUACAGAAUAUAAAUAAGAAAUCUAUUGCUUCUACAUCUCAACAUUUGGAAAGUAUAUCACAAUCUGGAGUAGAUAAUUUACAGAAUGUAAGUAAUAAAAAAGAAACAUCAGAAUCAACUUCUAUGGUAAAUGAAGAAAAAAUUCAUUGUGAAAAUGUAUCUUCCACAAGUAAGACAUUAAUAUCAGAUACAGGAACAUAUAUAAAUUCUAUUGAUCAGCGGAUAUUACAAAGUCCUUUGAAACAUGCAGUUAGUUCUACACAUCCAGAUCCAUGUUUCUCUCGUAGAAAUAUUACGCAAACACCACAAAACAAAUGUGAUAUAUCUAAAAAUCAUGGUUUGACUCCAGCUACAAUUUUAUCUCAUUGGUCUCAAAAUAAUAUGAAACAAACUCCAUUACAAAAUAAAAGUAUUAAUUUUAAAGAUUCUAUGCAAACUCCAAAAAAUUCUUUUUAUUUCACAUCAACUAUGGGAAAACAUGAAACUCCACGAUAUUUGGAUGCAGAGGAUAAAAUGAGAAAACCUUUAACAGACACAGGAGGUUUUGUACAAAAUAAUACUUUUAAUAAACGUUUACUACAAGGAUCUCAACUUCCUAAAGUAAAUGAAGUAACACCUAAAGCUCAAGAAAAAUCAUUAUGUAAAAAUUUAUGUGAAAAAGACUUACCAAAACAAAUAUUUGGAACAUUAGAAAAUGAUCUAGGAUCAGAUGUUAAUGAAGAAUUGAAAGAAAAUAAGUAUUUAAAUAUAAAGAAUAGAGUAAUGGAUAAAGAAACAAUAAAUAAAAUACCAAAUAUCAAACAUAUUCCAUCUUGUAUUAAAGACAACAAAGAUACUUUGAAAUCAAAGUGCAAUUAUUCUCAGUAUCAUCAUUCAGAAGCUAAUAAUCAAAAUCAGCAACAGGAAUUAAAUAAAAUUGUAGAUAAAUCAUUGAAUGUACAAUUUUCACUUCCAUCUAAUGUUCCUAAAUCUAGACAAACUAGAACUCUUUUUGUUCAUGAAAAAGAGUAUUUAAUUUUGGAUACACUUGGUCAAGGUAUGAGUGGAGAAGUUUUGAGAGCACAGGACUUAUCUUCUCUCGAAUUAUGUGCUAUUAAAUGUGUUAAUCUUGAACGUAUGGAUAAAGAUUCAGCACAAGGUUGUUUAGACGAAAUUUUAAUGUUAAAUAAAUUACAAGCACCAUGUGUUGUUAAAAUGCUUGAUUAUGAAAUUAAGCCUCCAAUGGUGUAUGUGGUAAUGGAAAUGGGAGACACUGAUCUUAGCCGCCUUUUAAAAACUAUGUCACGUGAAAAACAAAUUUCUCUUACGAUGAUUUUAUAUUAUUGGACAGAAAUGUUGACAGCUGUUAAGCACAUACAUGAUAACGGAGUAAUUCAUUCGGAUUUGAAGCCUGCAAAUUUUUUAUUAGUAAGUGGACGAUUAAAACUUAUAGAUUUUGGAAUCGCUUCCAGUAUGAAUGCUGAUAUGACAUCUGUUGUAAAAAAUUGUCCAAUUGGAACUUUAAAUUAUAUUAGCCCUGAAGCCUUAAUGGAUAUUGGUGGUAAUUCAGAUUCACCCACACAGAAUGUUAAAUAUAAAAUCAGUUUUAAGUCGGAUGUGUGGUCUUUAGGUUGCAUUUUAUAUAGUUUAGUGUAUGGUCAUACACCAUUUCAUCAUGUUCGUUCACAAUGGGCUAAAGUGAAUGCAAUAACUAAUCCAAAGUUGAAUAUUUCUUUUCCUACAACUAUGGUGUCAGAAGAUGGUAAUAAAGUUAUACAAACACCACCAAUUUUAAUUGAUGUAAUGCGUAAAUGCCUUCAACAUGAUCCAAAAGUACGACCAACGGUAGCCGAACUUUUACAAGUAGAGUAUAUACCCACUAAAGAAUAUAUGUCAACUACAUUUCCUGAGAUUCCAGCAAAUAUUUUGCUGAAGAUAAAGCAUACAUUAAAUGAAGACGAAUGGCGACAAUUAACACGGAUUUUGGAGAAUAGAAGAUAUAUAUGAAAGUAUUCAAAUUAAAUACUACUGUUUAUGUAUGUACAUAGGUUUUUUUUAUACAUAACAAUAGGCAAUAAUAUAUGGAGCGUUUAUUUAAAUGUAUUAUAGUUAAAUAUAGGACUUUUUCAAUACUGGUUAAAAAUAUAAGAUUGUAUCAUAA